UCAGUCUUUCUUCUUCUACUCCACACUUCCACUUCUGAAACCUGAGUCAUGAAUUGAAAAAAAUGAAAAGUGAAAACUACAAGUUCUGAGAAAAAUAAGAAAUGUUCUAUGCAGUCAAGUCAAUGGAAAAUGAUGACAAAACCACGUGCCACCUUAUAGUUCGAAUUAAAGACAGCCGGUUCGAGGGUUUCUAUGGUUACAUUCAUCUCCGAUUGAAUAAUACUGAUAUUAUAUUACUAUUCGAGAUGAUGACAAAUUCUUCGUCAACUUUUCAUCAUGAAGAAAGUUCUCCAGAAACAAAGAUCAGCAUUGAAAUUCUUGGCAUCAGCCAGACCCUCAUAUCCCCAAGAAUCGAUUCCCAAAAAAAGCUUAUUGACGGUAAAUGAAUCGGAUAAUUUAUUUACCACACUGGAAGAAGAUUUCAACAACAUAUUGAAGAUGUUCCACACGACCGAGGGUGUGACUAAUCUGGAUAAAAAAUUACAAAAACUAUGGUCCUUGAUUUUGACUCUGAGGAAAAAUGAAGUCAUGCUGAGAGAUUUCUAUGAUCGAAAAGAUACUAAACCAUCUCCCUUAAGAUCAUCGAAAACUUUACCUUCAUUGAAGAAACACGAAUCUGUGAAAGUGGACGUCGAAGAUGUUGAUAAAGGCGACCUUUUGACUGCUGAAAUGAAACCUGAUUCUUUCGCAGUAUCCGAAUCCGAAAUUACAGCAACUAAAGAGAUGUUCGAACGUGAAAAACAGCAUUUAUUCAAAGAGAUAAUCAACUUGAAAGAGAAAUUAUCCAAGAAUGGAGAAACUGCUAAUGAGCUGAAUAAGAAAAUUGUAGAAUACGAAGAACGUAUCAAAGAAUUGAAAAGUGAUCUUGAAUCUCGUACCGCCGAAGCCUUAAAAGAAUUGAAAAUUCGCCAAAAUAUUGAAAACCGAGUUAAAGAGCAGCAAAAACAAAUCGAAAUCAAAGAGAAAGAGACCGAAAACCUCGAAUAUCAAUAUCAAAAUGCUCGAGAACAAGUUAAACUUUUAGAAAGCACCGCGAAUGAACAAAAGCUAACAAAUGAACUACUUUCUCAAAAUAAUGCCCAUUUAUCACAAAAAAUCCUCAAAUUACAAACCGAUUACAAUUCGCAAACGACAAUGCUGGAAGAUUUAAUGCAAAAUUGUUCCUCGCUGACGAAUCAAACUAAAAUUUACGAAGAAAACACCAGCAAACUGCUCAGCGACUUGAAUAAAUUAACUAAAUCUAAAGAAAUACUCCAAAAAAGAAUCCAAACUUUGGAAACGCAUAAAAAAGACUUACAAAACGAUAAAGAAAAAUUCAUCGUUAGCGUCGGCGUUUUGGAAAAAGAAUUGGAAAAUUUGCGUAAAAUGUGCGACAGUGAGAAAAGAAACGUAGAAGAUUUAAAACGCGAGAAAGAACUAUUAUUUAAAAAUUUUCAACGUAUCAACGCAACAAGUGACGAACAAAGUAGAAUACUUAAAAUUGAAGUCCGAAUGAAAGAUCAACUAGAAACUGAAGUUGAUCAGUUGAAUAGAGAAAUCGUUAAAUUGAAUGAUACAAUAACUGAUAUGGAUAAAGAAAGGGACCGAUUGAAAAUAAAAAAUUCGGAACUUCAAAAUAAAAUAGAUGAAUUAAAGGAGAAAUUGGACGAAAAAGAAUCCGAAUUAUUGGAAACCAAAAAGCAGUUGAACGAAAUAUCUGUCAAUUAUAAACAUCAGAGCGGUUUGUUGGAAAAUACACGUAAUGAUAAAAACAUGUAUGCUCAUGGAUUGACUCAAACCAAAGAACAAGUUUCCGAAUUAAAGCAGACGAUAAAAGUACUAAAAGCUCAAAUUGAAGAAGAAAAAGAUACGGUAAAUGUGAAAGAAAAUGAACUUCUAAAAGAAAAAUCAGUUCUACAGAAACUGGAACAAGACAAAGAGAAAUUAUACGGCGAAUUAGCCUAUUACAAAGACACCAUAAAAUUGAACAACGAAACCAUAAACGAACUCCAAGAUACUGAAAAAAAUUUACGAAGCAUCAUCCAGAAAAUGGAUGCAGAACUGCAGAAGAAAGAUAAGCAAAUACAACAAACCAUAAGUGAACAUAAACUAGCAGCCACCCAGUUACUUCAGAAAAACGAAGAAAUAGCUCAGCUAAAUGCAAAAAUAAAGCUAUGGGAAACUACGAUGGAAAAACAAGAAUACGAAUGUAAGCAACAUUUAGAAGAAAUAGACACAUUGACUUCGGAAAUCAGACAUUUAAAAACCGAUAAAGCUGCCUUGAAUCGAAACCUAUCCACGGUAGUGAGCCUUAGAUCGGAAGUAUUCGCCCUAGAACGAGAAUUGACCAAACAAAAAGUCAAAUGUCGAGCGUUAGAAGAAGAAUUGCAAAAUCCGUUGAAUAUUCAUAGAUGGAGAAAAUUAGAAGGGACUGAUCCGAACGCAUUUGAACUAGUCACUAAAAUUCAACUACUUCAAAAACGAGUGCUGACUAAAUCAGAAUUAGCUGCUGAAAAGGAACAACAGCUCAAGGAACUGGAAACCUUGUACCAGAAUUUGAAAAAUAUCACCGCCAAAGUAUCUCCUACUGAAAUCACCAAUAAACUGUAUUUUCUGAAGAAGGAAUGUGAAGUCAAAAGUCGUAAAAUCAAGAAUUUAAUCAUUCAAAUGAGCAUGUACGAAUCUCACUCGAUCGAAUGUAAAAUGGAGCUAGAAAGGAAGAACAAAGAAUUGGAAGAUAUAAAAAAAGAUUACUUCAAGCAAAAACAGAAAUUGUACAAGCUGAGGAAUAAAUUAACGAAGGGAUCGAGUCAGUCGAGCAAUGAGAAUGUAAAAGUGGCUGCUCUAGGAGGAGGAUUUUCAGCCGAAUGUGCGCCUCUUCCUGUCAUAAAGAUUAAUGAUCAGUAAAAUUAUUAGAAUAUAACCUGUCAAAUGGAACCGGGAUUUCAAAUCAAACUAUAGGUACCAAAUUAUUGAAAAAUAUGGAUAUGGAUUCUACCACUUACCAGUAUAUCCGAGGAUGUAUUUAUUACGUUGAGCGAAAUCUAUCUUUGGUAAUUGAUAAGAAGCAUCGGCGAUCUUCGGACAACCGCGUAUGACACCAUUUCUUCUCAAAUUCUAAGCAGGACAAUAAAAUUACACAUUUUAAUACGGUUCUCAAUAAACAGUACCUACUUAUUUAGAUAGAAUUGUAAUUUGUUUCGAUGUGAAAUAUUUCAUUUUUUCAACUCA